AUGCCGUCCAAACCGUAUAAUCGGCCUCUCAAGAAGAUCAAUAAAGAUCCCAGACCAGUGACCACUCGUCAGCGCGAGUUUGUAGAGCAGAAAAAAAAGAACAAACUUCAUAUUGGUAGUUCUCGAUUGGCUACGCCUAACCGCGGGCCUGAACCAGUUCCAGAUUUGAACAAUCAUUUAGACUAUCACAAUGAAGAUGACGAACAAAUGGAUGAUGAUCAAAUCAUUAACCUACCCGGACCGAUGAAUAUCGAAGAGCAAGAGCUGGAAAUCCAAGAAGUCAGUGAUAAUGGAGAUUCUGAAUUCGAUAGUGAUGACGAUAUUAUCUCGGGUCUUGCAAGGGUACACUACGAUGAACGUCGGCUACAACAAGAAGUUCAAUGGACCGAACAGUGUGCGCUUAUGCUUACACCUUUUCUACGAUGCCGCAAAUUGACCUCAAAUUGGGGUCAUCUAAGACGUUGGAAUGAGGACUUUAAAAGACCAUGUUCGUGUUCACAACGUCGGUUACGAACUACCUCGGUCACUCUGGUGGAUUUGUUGAUCCGAUCAAUUCAAAGGCGAGGCAAGGAAGUCAAGAAAAGAUUCGAUGAAGCGGAAGCUGAAUUGGCAAGCAUACUUGCUAGAUUUCCAACUCAUACCAUAGGACACCUGGAAGCGCAGUGGCUGAGACAGAAGGAGAUACAAAAGAAAGUCAUCAGCGAGAGUGCAAAAGACAAGUGUAAGCAGGUGGAAGUAUAUAUUGCACUUGAAGAAGAACUACUUGAGGCACGCACAAGGAGAGCGGCACGUACUGAAGAAGAAAGGACCGAACUCCUAAGAUUACCUCAUACGAUUGUCCUUUUGGAACAGAGGGCUAAUGAUUUUGCUACAGAGCUGGGGGUCGCAAAUCUCAAUCGGCUGACAGAUGCGUCAGGCAAGUUUUCAUAUUUUUGGAAUACGACCAAAGUAACCCGUAUGGAGCACUUGUAUCCGUCUUUGGCUCAAAGGGCUCGCCGUUUAUGGAAAAAAUGGAAUCAAGGAAUGGAGGAUGCGAUGGUAUGGACAGCACCAUACAUGGUUGAUCGAGCUGAUAACUCGGACCAAGACUUGCUUGUCCGGUGGAGACUUAUGAAAGCAAGGACUCAGAUGGCAGAUAUGCCAGUUUUGAUUGCCGAAGAAUGA